AUGCGGGACGCCGCGUCUCCAACUCCUCCAAUCGAUACACUGCUGGAUUUUCCGUCGCAAUUGUACUACGGCAGCAUUCAUGAUGUUUUUGAGUUUACGUUAUCUUCAUCAGCUGAUUGUGGUGUUCUUCAUCACGAGUACGAUUCCUCAGAAGAGCUAGACGCGCACACUGAGAUGGUCGCUACAAUGUCUAUACUCGUAUCUUUGAGAGACAGGAUUUUUGGCCCGAGCAGCAACGCUGCAGGAAUAUAUAACCCAAGCGACGGGCGAUACUUUAAAGGAAAUUGACUUAGACGAUUAUGAGUUGCAAAAAUGGAGUUAUCCUUAUCAAGAUGAUAAAACGCAGCCGUACGACAGCUAUAUUCCAUUCGCUCAUGAAUAUCAAAUUUCCAAACUCGGUUUUGGGAGAUCGUCGAACACAAUCAGAUCUCGUAAAGUGCGGUGUAUCUUCGUUAUCAUCGGUGCUCUCAUAUCGUGCCUUACCCCUUUCCGCUUUAACAUUGCCAUAAUAAUAUUGUUACAGGUGUACAGAAGCGCUUUAAUUUGUUGUUUGUUUUGAAGUCCUAAAAUGCUCUUCUUUCCUCAAGCACCCUGUACAGCUCAAUGUCGUGUAUUCUUGUCUUUCU